AUGGUGCAGACGAUUGCGAUGAAUGAGGCAACGCUCGUCGAGGGCAUCGCCAAGUUUGUUGCUGAGGACUUGAGUACACUGAAUGGGGAUGCUAAUUGGUGGCACCAACGAGUACGCUUAGUCGAGCACUGGCUACGUGAUGAAACAAGUCGAGUUAUCAUACCAGAUGACGGAACAGAAGAGAUGAUUCGAAGGCAUAUUCAACGAGGAGACUCGCACCCUCGAGCGCAGUGCAAGUGCUGGAAACACAUCGUGAUGGAGCUCCGAGAUCUUCCCUGUUUUGCAGGUGUUGUUGCACAAACAAAAAGUCGUGAUGCAAAGCAGACGAGUCCAAGUCGGGGAAAAUUACGACCUGGAAAGAGCUUGAUUGUCCUCUCUGAUGGAAAAUGCAGUGAAAUCAGCAGCAACGCAAGCACUCAUGGCGACGAUAACGAUAGCAACAACGCGUCGUCAUCUUGGUCUCUGGAGGCUUUGAAUCCUGAAGUCGAACCUCCUGUAGCGACAAAGAGACCUCGACCUGCUUCGAGCGCUGCAUAUUUGUCACGUCGUGAACCCGGUAUCGAGACGGUAGUGAUCGCUAAAAAGUUCGCUGAGAUGUCGUUACUGGAGCGGCAGCUGGAGUGGCUAAAGAAAAAACAGGAUAAAGUGGAAGCUGAGCGUCUCCGGCAGACGGAGGAGAAUGAACGAGAACUCACGUUCCAACCGAAACUAAUUCGUCGCAUCACGUACUCGGGUGACAAAUAUUUUAGAGAUACUCAAACGCCUCCUUCCAGUGGCAGAUCUGUCACGCGAAGCGAGAGCAGUCGACGCUUUGGAGAAACUGGAUCAGCAGCACUCCUGAAGGAGCGAACACUACCCAAAGUCCCGCGACUUUCUCAUCAUCGACGACAAAAGAAAAAGACCGCACUACAGAUAGCGACAAUAUCCCAGCCUGUUGGCGUGUCCUGCAAACUUCUAGACAACAUGAAGUCGGAGCUACAAGCGUCACUAGCUUCUAGUCGUAGUUCAGCAAGUGACAUCCAACCCACGGAGCCCGACAAACACGAGGAACAUGAUCCUAAUCAUAGUGUGGAUAACACGGGGAGCAGUGAGUCGAACGGAGAGGAACCACAGGUCGAAGAAACAGCAGAAGAGAAGCCUCUAGAAAAUUUCCCUGCAUGGAGUGCAAGGCCGACAAUCGGUGGCAGACGCGUAGACUUCGACUCGAGUGAGACGAAAGUGCGGUUGGUACUACAGGAUGCGUCCAAGUUCGAGCUCAGCUCGAUGUACCGCAAGACAGAUCGCAGGGCAGGACGAGAUGGCAUUGCCUUGCACGUUGGUCGGAGAGAAGACACGCUGGAGGAACAAGUGAUCGCUGUGCUCUUCGAUCGAGAGAAAGUGACCGAAGUGGAGGCCGAACGCUGGUGGGAUAACCAUCAGCAUCGCUUCGCUGAUUUCAUCGAGCCGCAGCAUUCGAGAAAUGAUGAAACGGAGGGGUUCAUGUAG